CACUUUCGCCUAUGUUCUCUUAAGCCAUUUAACAUCUCACCGUUAUAUACUAUGCAGUUAACUGCAUCUCUUAUUAUGCCAUGCAAUAGCCAGUGAUUCUCUGAAUGCCAGAACGUGUAUAAGCAACAUAUACAUUGGACAGAGCUUUGUAACAAGCAGAUCGUGCUUUGCGGCCAACAAUCACUGUUAGUAGUCACGGAAUCCAAUCGCUCCUUCCUAGAGAAAUGCCCGGACUCUCUCGCUGCGUCCCAUUCACAAGCCAUUCGGCUGGUCAGAGCGCAUACGGGUGGAAGCUUGUACGCUCGCCACACUCGCAAGCUUUACCCGCUCGCCAUGGCUGCUGCGCGACAGCCUCGCUUUCGACAAUCACCCAAACUACCAGCCAUUUGAAAUCGAGAAGCCGAAACUCGCAGCUGGGAUGCCUCGCUGCACUUCCAGUGAGCAGCGUCAGCUGUCAUCGGACGACGCAAUCCUUUGGUUCGGUCCUCAAGUCACAGAAGUCGCUUGGAACUGUUUCCUCUAACACAACCUUAACCUUCACGGCAACAACAAGAACGGCUGGGCGCUCCUUCCUGUCGUACAAGCCUCCCUCUGCCGUACCGGAAUUUAUAGCCUCCCUUGCGUCAUCGCCUUACCGGGAUUACUACGUUGUUGGCGCUGCUGCUGUGGGAGCCUUGGCAUGGGUCAAGCUCUUUGACUUUCUAGCCGGCAACGGAACUCUAGAACAGAAACUGAGUCGCAAGGUGGUGCAUACCACCGCCGGGCCCAUCUUCGUCCUUACUUGGGCGCUGUUCAGCGCCGCCCCCGCCGCCAAGUACCUGGCAGCUUUGGUGCCCAUGCUCAACAUGGCCAGGCUGCUAGCGGUGGGCACGGGUCUGCUGGCCGACCCGGGGCUGGUCAAGAGUGUCAGCCGCUCGGGGGACCGCGGGGAGCUGCUCAAGGGCCCCCUGUACUACGUGGUGACGCUGGUGGGCGCUACCCUGCUGUGCUGGCGGGACAACCCCGCCGGUCUCAUCGCGGUGUCCAUGAUGUGCGGGGGAGACGGACUGGCGGAUAUCGUGGGGCGGAGGUGGGGGGCGGCGCCGGGGGGGAGGCUGCCGUACAACCCCGCCAAGAGCUGGGCGGGAAGUGCGGCCAUGCUGGUGGGAGGGUACGGCAUGUCGUACGGUCUGAUCACGCUCUUUUGCCACCUUGGCUUCUUCUCCUGCUACCCGCCCGCCUCCCUGCUCUCCACUCUCGGCCUCAUUGCUGCAGCGGCGACCCUGGUCGAGUCGCUGCCCAUUGACCGCUGGGUGGAUGACAACAUGUCGGUGCCCGGGGUGGCGGCGGUGCUAAGUAUGGUGCUGCUGAGCGGCAUGCAACAGCCGGUGGCGGAGGCGGUGGGGGCGGUGGGAGCAGUGGGG